UAAACUAUUAUUAUCUUUUGAAAGGUGAUUGGAAGAGAAGAAGAAUGACGAAUUCUCAAACUGUCUCACUAAUUGGACCAACUCAGAUGGCUCCACAAUCAACACCUCCACCUCCUGUGAAUGAAUUGUGGUUUAUUGAUGCGCAGGCAAUGUUUCAGAAUUACGCCAACCUCCGCUCGUUCUCCAAAUCCAAUGCCAACGAAAUUAAUACGACAAUUGGCGGAUUCGUUUUCGGACGUAAAGCUCGGAAACAGGUUAUCCAUGUGCUAUUCGCCUACGCUGAAGAUCUGACUGAAUCGAACAGACAAUUCUUGGAGAGCUCUCUGUCUGCUGAUAUUGAACUGGUUGGAAACUUGAAUAUUGAUGGACAAUCACAGAUUCUUCCUGGCGGGCAGUUCACCCUUCAGCUGACAUCUCGAAUGCUUGAAAAUCGAAGUAUCAGCGAAUUUUUGGAUAUGAAUGUGAUGUUCAACAAUGAACAUGUUCUUAUGGAAGGAGCUAGUUGUGUCAGCAGAGUUGGAUACGAGUGGUCACUUCGAGCAGGUCGUGAACAAGAAGAUGUCAAAUCUGCUGCCGAACGUCUUUCAAUGGCUUCUUUUCGUUUCACAUAUCUAAACGCUGAACACGGGUUGGUGAUCCGUGAGCAGAAGCCAGAAGCUGCUCAACAGAAGUAUCUUGAUAAAUUCUCGAAAGGCGCUGUACCAUAUAAGGAUGUUAUCGAAUUCACUGCCAUGCAAUCUCUCACUAGGGAUACAUCUAAUGAUACGGAAGAUCAAAAGCUGGUUCCAACAGUUAAGGUUACCAAGGAUAACAAACAUUUCACUCGGCUCGUCACAAUUGGUGAGGUAGUUUUCCCAGCGUUCUUUGGAGAUUCUUCACUGGAUUUGUACAAACGAUCACGUGAGGCAUUCAAUAGAAGAGCUAACAAUACAAUGAUGGUUACAGUCAAUGGAAUAAGAGCUGGGCGCGGAGUAACAACGACCACAUCUGCAACUUAUCUUCCACCUGGAUGGGUUUCUCUACUUCAUCUCCAACUUCCAACUAAAUGGACGGACAAUGAACAAAGAAAUUACCGUAUUCGUCUUCACAAGUUGUUCAACUUGCCAUCAUCUAAGCCAGUUCUUCGAUUGUCUCAAGCGUUGGCUCUCCACUCAGAGAGUGCUCGUUUGACCAACAAGAAGCUCAUUCGAGAGCCACAUUUGUCUAUAACAAAUUAUCAACCAGUUGGUGAAAUAACCACUGUAAAUGGGCCGUACAAUUAUCAUCAUUACAUGCAAGAUGGAAUUGAUGAUAGUGGAUGGGGAUGUGCAUAUCGUAGUUUCCAAACUAUCUGGAGUUGGUUCAUUUUGAAUGGAUAUACUGAUAAACCUGUGCCAAGUCAUCGGGAAAUUCAGCAGGCGCUUGUUGAUAUUCAAGACAAGCAAGCGAAGUUUGUUGGUUCACGACAGUGGAUUGGUAGUACUGAAAUCAGUUUUGUGCUCAAUGAGCUACUCAAGUUAGAAUGCCGUUUCAUCGCUACCAACUCGGGCGCAGAAGUUGUCGAAAGAGUUCGUGAACUUGCUCGACAUUUUGAAACAUCUGGAACUCCUGUUAUGAUCGGAGGAAAUAUGCUUGCACAUACUAUUCUUGGAGUCGAUUUCAAUGAUACCACUGGAGAGACUAAAUUCCUCGUUCUUGAUCCUCAUUACACUGGCUCCGAAGAUAUCAAAACAAUCACUUCAAAAGGAUGGUGUGCAUGGAAACCAGCGAGCUUCUGGAGCAAAGAUCAUUUCUACAAUAUGGUCCUUCCUCAACCGCCUAGCGAUGCUAUUUGAGUGACUUUGUAUUACCAUGCCUAUGAAAAACAAUGCAUUAUAUAUCUAAAUUAUUGCCAACCUUCUACCCAUUUACAUUGUAAUUCCUAUAUUUUUUUAAACCUGGAUUAGUCCUUUCUCGUCUGUGAUUAAUUUAUUUCCUCUAUAGAGAAAUGCUUUCUAUAGCCCAACCAACGUUUUUUGGGAAUAAAAAAUUGGUCAAAA